UAUAUUAUGGAGGAAGUGAGGGUUGUAAUAGUAGGAGCUGGUCCGUCGGGGAUAGCAACUGCGGGAUGCCUCGCGGUUCACGAGAUUCCGUCGGUGAUAAUUGAGAGGGACGAUUGUAUUGCUUCUCUUUGGAGGAAACGGACCUACGAUCGACUUCACCUCCAUUUGGCUAAGGAGUUCUGCCAGUUACCUCACUUCCCUUAUGGCUCUGAAACUCCGAGUUACAUCUCUAAGGAUGGAUUUAUUAAGUAUCUUGAUGAUUACGUAGAGAAGUUUGAGUUAAGGCCAAAGUUUAAACAUGAGGUGGAAUCAGCCUCAUUUGAUGAAGAAGAAGGAAAAUGGCGCUUAAAAGUAAGAAAACUUGAUUCUGGAGAAGAAAUCAAUUAUGCAACCAAAUAUCUUGUUGUUGCGAGUGGAGAAAAUGAUGAAAUGUUCAUGCCAGAGAUCAAUGGACUAGAGAGCUUUGAAGGAGAAGUCCUGCACUCUAGUCAAUACCGUUCAGGUUUAAGGUUUAAGGAAAAUAAUGUUUUGGUUGUGGGCAGUGGAAACUCAGGAAUGGAGAUUGCUUUUGAUCUCUGUAACCAUGGAGCCAAUGCUUCUAUUGUUGUCCGUAGCCCGUUACAUUUGGUGAGCAGAGAAAUAUGGCACCUUGGAAUGCUUUUGAUGAGAUUUUUGCCCCUGAGAUUACUUGAUGCUUUGGUGCUUUUCCUCUGCAAUCUGAAGUUUGGGAAUACAUCAAAAUAUGGUAUUCACAGGCCAAAAGAGGGACCUUUCUAUUUGAAGACCUACACCCCCUUUUAUCCUGUUAUGGAUGUUGGCACUUUCAGCAAGAUCAAGUCAGGAGAAAUCCAGGUACUGCCAUCUUUGAAAAGCAUAAAAGGUAACAAUAAUGUGGUAUUUUCUGAUGGAAAGGUGCUUACCUUUGAUGCUAUAGUUUUUGCAACUGGUUAUAGGAGUACCAUAAAACGUUGGCUCAAGAGUGAUGAUUAUCUCCUUGGAGAUGAUGGGAUGUGCAAGCUAAAGUAUCCCAAGCAUUGGAAAGGAAGAAAUGGAUUAUAUUGUGCCGGAUUAAUUGGGAAAGGAAUUUAUGGAUCUGCUGAAGAUGCGAUUAACAUAGCCAAUGAUAUUAAUGUUGCUUUAAAAUGUUAG